AUGGGAAGUGGUGCACCUUUUUUCCCUUAUAGUUGCCAAUUCGGCAUUUUUAUCUUCACACUCGCCAUCUAUGCGUGCUUCCAUAUAUCAAGGAAGCCAAUUAGUGUGGUGAAACCGGUUCUUCAUCCUAACUGCAGUGAGAUUGCUCAAAGGAACAACCAAAGUAUCACUCCUCAAAAUGCCACAUUUUGUAUGUGGAAACCCUUUGAUUCAGACAACUACAACACUCUGUUUGGCUACCUGGAUCUGUCAUAUCUUCUAUCGUACGCCAUAGGAAUGUUCUUAAGUGGACAUAUUGCGGAGCGGAUGAAUUUACGUAUUUUCCUGACUGUGGGCUGUCUUCUUUCGGGCGUGACUACAGCAUUAUUUGGCUGCGGUUACUUUCUUAACAUACACGCUCUGUAUUAUUAUAUUUUUUCGCAGGUAUGCUUUGCCAUUGCAGUUUAA